UCCAGCACCUGCUGCCCGCUCCCGGCCUUCUCUCGGAUGCGUGGCGGAAAAUGCACUCCUGAUUUCAGCCUGGGAGCUGCGCUGGACUCGCUGCCUUGAGAUGACCAGGCGGUGGACGGGCACUCCGCUCUCUUCCCUGACACUUUUUAUCCUCCAGCUGGCUCUUCUUCAGGGACUUCACUGCCAGUUGCUAAAGCCUCAGGCCAGACCUGACAGAGUUAAUGCACUGCGGCAGAAACGGGAUCUCUUCCGAGAGGAGACGUUCAGCGCGGUGCUGUCUGAGUCUGCCCUCCCUCGUACUGUACUGCACAACUACACGGCCCGAGAUGCCUCAUCAGAGUACUGUGGCUGUCUUAAUGGGGGUUGGUGUCAGGAGAGUGGUCGCUGUGAUUGUGCUCAGUUCCAGGCUGUGGGAGAUCGCUGUCAGAUCAUUCCUAACACGGGCAAGGAUCGCGAUGGGAUCUGCCGCUCGUGGGGGCAGCACCACUUUGAGACGUUUGAUGGGAUGUACUACUACUACCCUGGCUCCUGCUCCUACAUCCUGGCCAAAGACUGCCACUCCACCGAACCACAGUACACCGUCUGGGUGCACAACAGUCGCUCCUGCCAAGGUUCCGUGUACUCCUGUCCCCGGGCUCUCAGUCUGUUCUUCCCCAAUGAGGAGGAGAUCCACAUCAGGGGCUACCAGGUCCACAAGGGUGGGGUUAGACUGAGCUUGCCCCAGACGGUGCGUAACGUGUUCAUCGAGCGCCUGGCCGACUACAUCCUGGUGAAGAGCACGUUUGGCUUCUCGCUGGCCUGGGACGGCAGUUCUGGAGUCUACCUCAAAAUGACAGACGCACACAAAGGCCGGCCUUGUGGUCUGUGCGGGAACUACAAUGACGAGGGAUCAGAUGAUCUGAGCAACAGCAGGGGCCUGCAGGUGGGUAGCCUGGCUGAGUUUGGGAACAGCUGGGCUGUGGACCUGCCCCAGGACCAGCCCUGUGAGGACGUAGAGGACGACUUCCCCGGACCCUGCCAAUCAGAAUCAGAGAUGGAUGACGCCAUUGAGAAAUGCAGCGCUCUCCUGUUCUUUCCUUUCAUCUCAUGCCAUGAGAACAUCGACCCCAAUCCAUUUGUGGCCAGCUGUGUUUCUGACCUAUGCGUGUCUGAUGAUGAGGAGACGUUUUGUCGGACGCUGGUGGAGUACACCAGAGCCUGCUCCCAUGUGGGCUAUCCUGUCAGAGAGUGGAGGGACAGCUUCCCCACAUGUGCCGAUGGCUGUGAGGAGAGUUUUGUGCACAGAGACUGCAUCAGCUGCUGUCCUCCAACCUGUACCUUUGAGAAGGAGUGUCUGGGCACCAACCUGCACUGUCUAGACGGCUGCUACUGCCCUGACGGCCUGAUCCUUCAGAAUGGCACAUGUAUAGCGGUGUCUCAGUGCCCGUGUGUGUACCAUGGCACCCCUUACCCACUCGGCCAUGUGCUGGAGCAGGGAUGCAGUGUGUGCGUGUGCAUGGGCGGAAUGUGGAACUGCACCGAGCACAACUGCACAGGUGAGUGUACUGUGAUGGGGGACACCCAUGUGACCACGUUUGAUGGGCGGAUGUUUGUCCACACGGGGACCUGCCAAUACGUCCUGGUCAAGAGCAGGGGAAACACUAAGUUCAGCCUCACUAUGCAACACACGGCAUGUGGAGAGUCUCAGGAGCAGUCUUGUAUUCACUCUGUGACUCUGGUGGUGGAUGAGGACGUGAACAGACAGGUCACACUGACCAGAGAGGGGGAGGUGCUGGUAGGGGCAGGGGUCAUGGCCAGCCUGCCCUAUACUGACGAGGUGGUGGAGGUGCGCAGGCUGACAUCAGUCUUCACCCAGCUGCGUGUGUCUCUGGGCCUGAGACUGCAGUACGAGUCUCGCGCUGGACGGAUCUACCUGCAGCUGGACAACACCUGGAGGGGAAACACACUCGGCCUCUGCGGAACCUUCAAUGGGAACCUGCGCGACGACUUCCUUUCUCCAGCAGGUAUGAUUGAGGGCACUCCCCAGCUACAUGUGAAUGCAUGGAGGAUCUCAUCAGCCUGCAGCAGUCCUGUCAACAUGCCCAUCAUAGAUCCCUGUGAGAUGAACCAGCAGAAUGUGUUCUACUCGUCCAUGUGUGAUGUGAUGACAGAGGCCCUGUUUUCUCCAUGCCAUGCCUACGUCAGCCCCACCAUCUACCACCAGCAGUGCCGCUACCAGGCCUGUCGCUGUGGCAACAACUGCCUGUGUUCCGCUCUGGCUCACUAUGCAUACGUGUGCUCCCAACAUAACGUCAGCAUUAACUUCAGAGCACACGUGUCCGAAUGUAGCGUGCUGUGUUUGGGUGGGAUGACGUACCAGUCGUGCACGUCGUCGUGCGGCCAUACGUGUGAGUCGGUGAGCCGAGGGGAGGUGUGUAACGGGGACUGUGCCGAGGGAUGCAGCUGUGGAGAGGGAGCCUUCUACGACAGCGUCCGACAACGCUGCGUACAACAGUCUCAGUGUCACUGUUACUUCAUGGGGUCCAUCUAUCAGCCUGGUGAAGUCUCUUUCAGCGCCUCAGGACCUUGCCUGUGCAGAAAUGGCCGCAUGGAGUGUGUCCCAGAGGAAAGAGAGCCUGAGAUGGGUGAUUGUCCGAACGGGAAGGUAUACCACAGCUGCAGAGACCUGGGCCCAGGUGCAUCUCAUGUGGGCGUGGCCUGUGAGCUCACCUGCAGGAACCUGAUGCUCAACCUCACCUGUCCGCCCACUACCCCCUGUGUGCCCGGCUGUGGGUGCCCUGCAGGGUUGGUGGGGCAUAAUGGCGAGUGCUACUACCCAGAGAACUGCCCCUGUGCCUGGCUGGGACUGGAGUAUUUACCUGGAGAGACUGUGGACACACCUUGCUACAGAUGUGUUGCCACCAUGGCUUCUUCAACUGCACCUACUCUCCCUGCCCAGCGGUCUGCACCAUCUACAGCGACCGCCACUACCACACCUUCGACGGCCUCGAAUACGACUAUGCCAGCGACUGCCAGGUCUAUCUGGUCAAGAGCCGAGGGUAGGAGCUGGACUGGACUGGGCUGUUCCUGGCUUAGAGGGGGCACAGAGCCCCCUCAGGGCAGGCACACUGAGGACUCAUCUGACUGUUUGGAGAGAGUAAAGGAAGAGAAAGGAGUGUCCUUUUGA